UUGUAUAAACCCGGAAUUUAAAUAAUAAAAUACUUGAAUAUAUCUCAUGCGACAGUUUAUAUAUUUCAAUUUUCAUUGUCUUUUUUUUUUUUUUUUUUUUUUUUGUUAAUUGAUGUGAUAUUUAUAGUUUUCAUAGUUUCGAUUUCUUGUUAAUUUGUUUUAAAAGAACGAAUUAAUGUUUUCAAUUUUUCAGAUCCUCCUAGUGAGCCAUUGCUUCUAUUUUUCGAUCAAAAUAAAAUUGCAAGUGAUGGUGAAUUACAACAUAAUAAACUAUUCGUUAAGGAAGGAAGCAGUUUUACUGUUCAAUGUAGAUCCGAUGGUGAUCCUCCUCCGACAUGCACAUGGAACAUUGAAAAUCAUGCAAAAUCUCAAAAUCUAACGUUUACAAAUAUAACAAAAGAAAACACCGGAUUGUAUGAAUGUAUUGCGAAAAACGUGAUUCGAAGGUUUUCAAAAAAUGACAAAUAUAUGACGCAAUCGACGACAAGCCUUGACAUAGAUGUUAGAUAUAGAAGUAAGAUAUUACAGUUCAGUGUUACUGAUCUUAAAAGAAGGAGAAAACAUUUCGAAGUCACUGAAAACGAAACUGUCCUCUUUAUAUGCAGUGUUGACAGUAAUCCAGUGUCAUCAAUAGCAAUAUCAUUAAAACAAAGAGAACUGGUGCGCAGUGAAUCCACAAACAGCUUAAGUUCUGCUUAUAGAGUCAACUCUUGUCUUGAUGGUGGUGUUUAUCAAUGUGCAGCACACAACAUAUACAAUAUAAAACCAUCUUUAAAAAACGUGACAUUGCUUGUUAGAUGCAUACCACUUCUAUCACCGGAGUUUGAUCUGAAAACAAACAUUACCAGUGCAGAGAAUGUAACUGUUACUUUUGCAUUCAAAGCAAUUGCCUAUCCAGCACCGGAAUUCCUAUGGUAUAAAUUUGACAACUCUUCAUGGAAGACAAUUAGUAGUGACGUGAAAUACGAAAUCAGAACGCGUGGACAUUAUUCCAGUCUAACUAUAAGCGUUAUUACAGAAGAAGAUUACGGACAAUACAAACUGAGGAUACAUAAUGCAGUUGGAUUCUUAGAACAGUUGUAUUUUCUAAAUGCAAAUGCAACACAACAGACAACAUACUCUACAAUGAAGUGGGUAAUAACAUGCGUUUCAGUUGGAACAUUUGUUUUCACCAUUUCAGUUGUUGUAAUGGUAUUUAUAAGAAGAAGAGGAACCCUUAACCUAUCCGUUACUCAAACAGCUGAGAUCAUCUCAGGAAGUCAGACAUCAUUGAAUUUCAAUCCUGAUGUUCAUACAGUUCAUACAAUGCAUGCCUAUAGCCAACUGUAUGAGCAUUGUUUUGAUGAUGAAAGAUACACGGAAUUGCAAACUCUGGAAGCGGACAAGUAUCCAAACAGAGGUUAUUUAACCCCAGCAAUAUAGACCUAAACUGUUAAAAAGACAUCGAUAGCAUACACCGUGUUUAUGUAAAGUCGAUUUGUAAUUAUUAUUACUUUUCUUUUUCCAUUUAUUGUUUGGAUAUUUUGUAACUCAAAUCUAUUUUUCGUGAACAUUGUUUCGUUUUUUUGACAUUAUCUAUAGAAUGUGAUCACGGAAAAGAGCCCUAUCAAUUUAAUUAUAACUAAUAUUCUAUUAUUCUCUGCUAUCCGUUGUCGUAUCACAUUGAAUUUC